GACAGCAAUAUUGAAAACGCCAUAAACUUCAUCAGCGAAACCUUAAAAAACACACGAAGUAUAACUUUAAGAAGAGCACAACAACUCGGGAGCAACAUGGCCUCGUAGCCAAGCCCCCGUGCAUAUAUUUUAUAAAAAGUUAUUUAUAAAAUAUAAAGAUAAAUAAAUAAAUAAAUCUCUUUGAAGUGUUGGCCGCUGACAGAACAUAACCGUCAAUGACGAGCUUUACCACACCCACUCAACUAACGCCCCUCCCGUUGGUCCAACCUUAUUGAAACAGCCCGUUUCCUGGGUCUACAGUUAGUUGAGCUUGACGACAAUGAUUGAUGGAUGAACUGAAAUGGGCGGGGCUCAGUAGUGCCGCUACAAAAACAACAACAGCGGUACCGCACCAUAAUAUUUUUGUUGCCUGAAAUUGAAGCCCGUGAUGCCAGCGACAUUUGGUUUCAGCAAGUUAUUGGGCCGUAUGCAUAAUAAGUAAGCAAUUGCUUUUUCUUAAAAGUUAAUACCUUUUACCUAAAUUUAUUUAAACAAAUCGAGUAAAAGGUCUAAAAUUUUAAGUAAAAGAAUUUGCUAGGGUUUGAUGCAUUCGGCCCAUUGUGUAUUAUCACACCUCUGGAUUUUUUCUUUGGGGUUAUGUGAAGAAAAAAGUCUUCGUCUAAUCCAGAUGUGAUUUAAAACUUGGAAGCCAAAUUACUAGCGUAAUUCGCGCAUUGCUGGAAAGAGGAAUUGAAAAUGGGAUCUUCCGAAUGGACCACCUACAGCGUAGUCGCGGCAACAUUUAAAUGAAAUUAAAAAAAAAAAUAACUGCCAGUGACUGUUCUUUUGGGUAUUAAUAAAGAUUCCGACAUCCAGUUCUGUUUUAUUUAUAAUUUAAAGAAAAGGUCUAGAUGGAUCACCCUAAAUGUAUGAUCGCUAUUUGUUUUGUGGUGUAUUCACAAUAAAUGAUUGUCAAAUAUACUUCAUUUGUAAACAAACAAAUUUAAUUUAGUCGUUUUUACGGGGGUUUCUUCGAUUCGUGGUUAAAAAUUUUGCAGCCUUUGUAUACUUUGGACAAUUCCUUUAUCUGACCAGGCAUUAGUCAUACCCUUUGUCAGUUCACACAACAAAAGUCGAUCUGUUAAAAUAUCUAAUAAGCGAGUCUGAAACGCAAAAAAAUAUUGGCGAUAAUUGAAGAGUAAAAUACAUAUAUGGGUGUGCGUCAUGUCAUACAAUAUUAAGAAAUAAUGGAUGAUGAAGUUGUAAUGUACUGGAAUUGGACGGAAUUUUGUUCCACUGGGGUACGGCCAUUCGCCGGCGAUUCCAAUGAUUUACUACCAUGUUUUCAAGAGAUUGUGUUGCAAAUUCCAAUUUAUACAAUUUUUGCCACAAUCUCGGCCUAUAAGUUUGGAUCAUAUACACGUAGUGUAUUGCGGGAUGUAUUGCAAUUGAGACUGCUUUAUUUGCGUAUUGGUGUAACAAUUGUGCUGGCGCAGCUUCCUAUAUGGAAAAUAUUCGUUUUUCAUCAUACAGGAGUAAAAUUGUAUCCGGUCGAUGUAUUGGUCGUAGCUGCAGAAUGUUUGAUGUGGGCCGUACAUGUGGGGUAUCUUCUAUCAAAACGACGCUUCGGCGGUCUAAGUCAUCGCAGUUCACUGUGCAUGAAUGUAGCUUGGUUGGCAGUAGUUGUCUUGGAUAUGGUGUGGUUGCGCACUAGCAUCAAUUAUGAUUGGUGGCCGUGGAGCUUAGUAACUGUGAUUUUUGAUCUCAUUUACGGGCUAACUUUAAUUCCAACUGGAAAUGCAGUAUUGGCCACUACGCGUUAUCCAUCAGCUACGGAAGAUGAGUCACUGCUCGGCAACCGCUACACUUACUUCCAUUUUGAAAUGAAUGAAACACAUCUUGGUCAUGCCCAAGACGAAGCCAGUUAUCCCUCACGCUUCAUUUUUAGCUGGGUGGAUCCUUUAAUAACGAAAGGUAUUGCAGGCGGUCUUAAAAAAAUUGAAGACCUUUUUGAUUUACCGGAUGCGUUGAACAUUACACAGCUAAGCGAACGCCUCCAAGUAUGUAUUUCACAAACGAAGACAUUGUUUUGGGCGCUACACAAGGGAUUUGGUCGGGAGUUUUAUUUAAUAGGCAUAUUAAGAUUUACAGCCGACAUUGCUGGUUUUGCAGGACCAUUGCUGCUAGGUGGCUUGCUGAAGCAGCAAAAUGAAAAUGAUAACGGCGAGACGAGCUGGAGUCCAUACCUCUAUGCUUUGGGACUAUGUGCGACAUCGUGGUUGUGUAAGCACUAA